AUGCCAGCCGUCAAGGGAGACGGAAUGCGUGGUUUGGCAGUUUUUAUUUCAGACAUUAGAAAUUGUAAAUCAAAAGAAGCUGAAUUAAAAAGAAUUAAUAAAGAACUUGCUAACAUUAGAUCAAAAUUCAAGGGAGAUAAAACGCUAGAUGGAUAUCAAAAAAAGAAAUAUGUUUGUAAACUUCUUUUCAUAUUUCUUCUAGGUCACGACAUCGAUUUCGGAUAUAUGGAAGCAGUCAAUCUUCUUUCUUCAAAUAAAUAUACUGAGAAGCAGAUUGGUUAUUUAUUUAUAUCUGUAAUGAUAAAUCUUCAAUCAGAUUUAAUGAAAUUAAUAAUACAAAGUAUCAAAAAUGAUGUCGGUUCGAGAAAUCCUGUUCAUGUUAAUUUAGCUCUUCAAUGUAUAUCAAAUGUAGGAGCUAGGGAUAUGGCUGAAUCUUUUAGUGUUGAUCUUGCAAAACUUUUAGUUUCAGGUGAAACUAUAGAUUUUGUCAAGCAAUCUGCCGCUUUGUGUCUUCUCAAAUUGUAUAGAACUAAUAGUGAUGUUGUUCCACCAAAUGAAUAUGCCUCUAGAAUCGUUCAUCUUCUUAAUGAUUCUCAUUUAGGUGUUGUUACUUCGGCUUGCUCACUUAUUGAUGCCUUAUCCCGUAAAUAUCCAGAUGAUUACAAAGGUUGCGUUUCUCUGGCUAUUUCGAGAUUAUCUAGAAUCAUCACUUCGACUUACACUGAUCUUCAAGAUUAUACUUAUUAUUUUGUUCCCGCUCCAUGGUUAUGUGUUAAACUAUUGAGACUUCUUCAAAAUUAUCCCCCACCUGAAGAUCCAACAAAUAAAACAAAAUUAACUGAAUGCCUAGAUGGGAUUCUUAACAAAGCUCAAGAUGCUCCAAAAUCAAAGAAAGUUCAACAUUCUAAUGCAAAAAAUGCCGUUCUUUUUGAAGCAAUUUCACUUAUUAUACAUCUUGACAAUGAACCUCAUUUACUUGUUCGAGCAUGUAAUCAACUAGGUACUUUCUUAGCACACCGUGAAACAAAUCUACGUUAUUUAGCUUUGGAAUCAAUGUGUCUCUUAGCAACUUCUGAAUUUUCUCAUGAAGCUGUAAAAAAACACCAAUCUACAAUAAUUCAAGCAUUGAAAACUGAAAGAGAUGUUAGUGUCAGGCAAAGAGCUGUAGAUCUUCUUUAUGCUAUGUGUGAUAAAUCUAACAAUUGUGAAAUUGUAGGUGAAAUGUUGUCUUAUUUAGAGAAUGCUGAUUACUCUAUUAGAGAGGAAAUGGUUCUUAAAAUUGCUAUACUUUCUGAAAAAUAUGCUUCUGAUUACACUUGGUAUGUUGAUGUAAUUCUUAAACUCAUAACAAUUGCUGGAGACUAUGUUUCUGAAGAUGUUUGGUAUCGUGUGAUACAAAUUAUUACUAAUAGAGAAGAUGUACAAGGGUACGCUGCAAAAACUUGUUUUGAAGCUUUACAAAGACCUGCUUGUCAUGAGAAUCUUGUUAAAGUCGGUGGAUAUAUUCUUGGAGAAUUUGGUAAUCUUAUUGCUGGAGAUGCAAGAUCUGAACCAUUAAUUCAAUUUCAGUUGCUUCAUUCUAAAUAUCAUUAUUGUAGUAUUGCAACUAGAAGUUUAUUACUAACAUCAUAUAUUAAAUUUUGUAACCUGUUUCCUGAAAUCAAAUCUGAAGUUCAAAAAAUUUUCCAGAGUGAUCAUAAUUUACGAAAUCCAGAUGCUGAGUUACAACAAAGAGCUAUUGAAUAUUUGAAAUUGUCUCUUGUGGCAAGCAAUGAUGUUUUGGCAACUGUUCUUGAAGAAAUGCCACCAUAUCCUGAAAAAGAAUCAAACUUGUUGGGAAAAUUAAAAAGAUGUAAACCUCAACUUGAAGAGAUGGAAGCUGGAAGUGGUGAAAGAAAAUCACGUCCUUCUGCUAUUAUGAGUAGUACUUCAUUUACUCCAACACCGGAUCAUAUUGGAAAUCAAAGUAGUGGUAAUAUUGUUGACAUUAAUCAGGAUGGUCUUUCUGAUACUGGAGUUAACAUUAAAAAUGAACUUAUGAAUGUUCUAGGAACCUCUUUUAAUAGUGAUCCACAAUUGGAAUCUGAUAAUAAAGAAGAGUGUGCCAAAUUUGUUUUAAAAAAUAAUGGUGUUCUUUAUGAAGAUGCUAUUAUACAGGUUGGUGUGAAACUUGAGACAAAGUCUAAUCUUGCUAGAUUGGGAAUGUUUUACGGAAAUAAGACUGGACAUGAUUUUAUAAAUUUUGCAUCUUCAAUUACUACUUCAAAAGUUUUAGAAGAUCAAUUAAUGGUUCAAGAAAAACCUGUAGAUUCAACAAUAGCUGCAGGAACUCAAGUUCAACAAUUAAUAAAUUUUGUUUGUCUCAAUGAUUUUUCAUUGCAACCAGUCAUUAAUAUUAACUUUACCUAUACACAAAUAGAUGGUAAUGUAGAACAAUUUUUCAAAAAACUUUCACUUCCAAUAUUUAUUAACAAAUUUAGUGAACCAACUGAUAUGAAUUCCGAGCAAUUCUUUGCUAGAUGGAAACAAUUAAAUCAACCAUCUCAGGAAUCUCAAAAAAUUUUUGUUGCUAAAUGUCCAAUGGAUAAAGCAACAAUUGAACAAAAAUUGUCAUUGUUUGGUUGCAAGAUUUUAGUAAAUGUUGAUCCAAAUCCUGAUAAUUUUGUUGCAGCUGGCAUAAUAGAAACUCAAAACUUUAAGGCUGGUACUUUAAUAAGACUCGAGCCAAGCAAACAAACUAAAAGAUACAGAUUAACAGUUAGAAGUAGUCGACAAACUGUUGGAAAAAUUAUCUGUGAUCUUCUAAGUGAUCAAUUCUAA